AUGGUUUCCCCGUUCCUGGCGGCUCUGGCUCUGUCCUCUCUGGUGCUUCCUUCCAUUCAGGCCAGUGUACCUGUCAAGCAAGCACCAGAAUGUACGGCCCUUAACCAGAGGAAGUCAUGGACAUCGCUGUCCGAUGCUGAGAAGAAGUCGUACAUUGAUGCUGAGCUGUGUCUGAUGAACAAGCCAUCCAAGCUCAAUGUCACGGGCUCGAAAAAUCUUUGGGGCGAUCUGAUGUACACACACAUCAAUCAGGCAAAUGUCAUCCACAACACUGGAUCUUUCCUUCCGUGGCACCGGCUGUACAUGCGAGUUCAUGAAAUCUACCUCCAGACUGAGUGUGGUUACAACGGCUCGCAGCCCUACUGGAAUGAGCUCGAGGAUGCGGAGGCUGGGCCGCUCAACGAGUCCGCCGUAUUCGACACGGUGACAGGCUUCGGGAGUGGCAACGUCGACGCAAAUGGCUGCGUGACUGAUGGACCAUUCGUGAAUCUCACGAUCCAUCUCAAUUUGACCAGCACCGACGCCAAUCUGUGCUUGACGCGCGACUUGAAUCAAUCCGAGUUCAAUCUUGCCAACAGCACCUACGUCGACGAGUGCCAGGCGAUUGACACUUACGCGGAUUCUUGGAAUUGCUGGGGUACCAAUCCUCAUUUGGCAGGCCACUUCGGCGUUGGAGGCACCAUGCUGGAUGUAGUCUCCAGCCCUGGCGAUCCCCUGUUCUACCUGCACCACACAAAUCUCGAUCGUCUGUGGUGGAGGUGGCAGAUGGUAGACUUGGAGAAUCGUCUUGUCGAGAUGACCGGUCAGAACGUGGCUUCAGACGAGUUCAUCACAGCGAUGGGUUUGGAUUACCCUGGCCCGGAGUUUCUGGACUACGAUGGAGAUGAAGGCAACAUGACAACUUUGAACCACAACCUUUGGACGUCGAAUCUUCUCCCCAACGUAACCAUAGCUCAAGUCAUGGACCUUCGAGGGUCGCUGAUUUGUGCUGAGUAUAUUGACUGA